GUCACCGCGUCGGUGUGACGGAAAGACACGCGAUGCUGCGGCACGUCCACUGCAUCAAACCCGCGAGUCGUGAUUGGCUGCCGGCGAGAGAGCUCUCCGAUCAGAGACAGAGAGCCAGAGUCGCAUCAGCAGCAGUGACACACGCCGCAUCCUUUCCUUACAGCAGCACAAUGAGGGAGAUCGUGCAUAUUCAAGCCGGACAGUGCGGAAACCAGAUUGGUGCCAAGUUUUGGGAGGUGAUCAGUGAUGAACACGGGAUCGACCCCACUGGCAGUUAUCAAGGAGACAGUGAACUGCAGCUGGAGAGGAUAAAUGUUUAUUACAAUGAGGCAUCUGGAAAAAAAUUUGUCCCUCGUGCCAUCCUGGUGGACCUUGAGCCUGGCACCAUGGACUCGGUCCGCUCUGGCCCAUUUGGACAAAUCUUCAGGCCAGAUAAUUUUGUGUUUGGUAUGUUUAUCAAUCCUACAUACAACAGACCCUGCUUUGAACUCACGCACUCCCUAGGCGGAGGCACCGGGUCUGGUAUGGGCACCCUCCUCAUCAGCAAGAUCCGUGAGGAGUACCCCGACCGCAUCAUGAACACUUUCAGCGUCAUGCCUUCACCCAAAGUGUCAGAUACAGUGGUGGAGCCCUACAAUGCUACGCUCUCUGUGCAUCAACUGGUGGAGAACACCGAUGAGACCUUCUGCAUCGACAACGAAGCACUCUACGACAUUUGCUUUCGCACACUUAAACUUACCACACCUACUUACGGCGACCUGAACCACCUUGUUUCAGCAACCAUGAGCGGAGUCACCACCUGCCUGCGAUUCCCAGGUCAACUUAAUGCCGACCUCCGCAAGCUGGCAGUCAACAUGGUGCCCUUCCCUCGCCUCCACUUCUUCAUGCCUGGAUUUGCACCCCUGACAAGUCGUGGUAGCCAGCAAUACCGCGCUCUAUCAGUUCCUGAGCUAACGCAGCAGAUGUUUGACGCCAAGAAUAUGAUGGCAGCCUGCGACCCUCGCCACGGCCGCUACCUCACCGUGGCAGCCAUCUUCCGUGGCCGUAUGUCCAUGAGGGAGGUGGAUGAGCAGAUGCUGAGCAUCCAGAACAAGAACAGCAGCUAUUUUGUGGAAUGGAUCCCAAACAACGUCAAGACGGCAGUCUGCGACAUCCCGCCACGUGGCCUCAAAAUGUCCGCCACGUUCAUCGGCAACAGCACAGCCAUUCAAGAGCUGUUCCGCAGGAUUUCAGAGCAGUUCACCGCCAUGUUCAGACGCAAGGCUUUCCUGCACUGGUACACUGGCGAGGGAAUGGAUGAGAUGGAGUUCACAGAGGCAGAAAGCAAUAUGAAUGACCUGGUCUCUGAGUACCAGCAGUACCAAGACGCCACCGCUGACGAAAUGGGCGAGUAUGAGGAGGAUGAUCUUGAAGAUGAGGAGGAUGCACGCCAUUGAGAGAGCUGAUAGGCAUGUUGUUUUCAAAAUCAUUGCUUUUAGCUGAUCUGAGAA